CUCAAUACCCCAUCUCACUAUCACAUAAAUGUGGUUAUUAAAAUCUUUAAACCUACAUUAGCUUCUCCAAUAAAAAACUUUUUCUUCUUCUAAAUCUCUCAGACGUUAUACUCAUAAACUUCUUUGUGUUAUGGGAUCUGGAUGGUUGCUUCGCUCUCUCCUCAUCUGUUUCAAACCAACAAAACAUACAAAAUCAAACCACGGAAACGCACAUUCUGAAACAUUAAACCGUGUUAAACCGGUGGAAUCAAGCUCAGCUUCCACUAGACUUACCGUAGAGAUCGCUGCUAUUCGCAUUCAAAAGGCUUUUCGAGCAUACAAGGCAAGAAAAAGACUAUGCAGUUUGAAGAGCGCAAGGAGAUUUAACUCAUUGAUCCAAGGCCAUACAGUGAAGAACCAAACUUCCAUUGCACUCAACGUGAUGCAUUCUUGGUGCGAUUUACAGAGUCAGAUCAGAGAACGACGUAUGUAUAUGGUGACAGAAGGUAGACUCCAGAACAAGAGAUUGGAGAAUCGGUUGAAGAUGGAGAUCAAGCUUCGUGAGAUAGAAGUUGAAUGGUGUGGAGGGUCUGAAACAAUGGAGGAGAUUCUCGCGAGGAUACAACAGAGAGAAGAAGCUACAGUGAAGCGUGAACGAGCAAUGGCUUAUGCUUUUUCUCACCAGUGGAGAGCUAAUGCUACACAGUAUCUAGGUCAAGCUUCGUUUAAUCUUGACAAAGAGAACUGGGGAUGGAGUUGGAAAGAACGGUGGAUAUCAGCUCGACCUUGGGAGAUUAGGGCUCAAUGUCAAGUCAUUAAACCGAUCAAACCGGCUAGAAAACCGGAGAAAUUAUCAACAGCUAAUGUGGUCACGAAGAAAACAGCCGCUAAACCGGAUUUGUUACACUCAAAGGAAGCUGCAAAAUUCAAAAAGCCUGGUUCCUAAUGAAUUUGAUUAUCGAAUCAACCUUAAUAAAAACCGGUUUAUUUUCACAUUUGAGCAUUGUCUUGUUUGAUUGGUUUGUUUUAUAUAAUUUUUUUGGCUAUUUGUGUACACACACUUACAAGUUCAUCAACGGUAACAGAAAUCUCCACUUCUAUGUCUAGGGAUGAGUGCUUCAGUAACC